AGGUCACAGAAUGAGUAGAAUGAGGUAAAAACGAUAGAAGAAUAAAUUAAAUAAAAAUCGGAGAGGCGGAGAGAUGCUGAUUAAAUUUUCCAUCCUCCAAUUCGAAGAAGCAGCAGCAACAUAAUCAAGAUUGAUUCGAAAACAAGUCGAGCAGUAGCAGUAGUGGUAGUAGAGUAGUAGUAGAAAUUUGUGUGUGUAUAUGAUGCAAAGUCUUCAGCAUCAACAACAACAACUAGCCGCUCUCGUCUCUGCUGCCUUGCCCAAAGACACCGCCACCGCCAACUCCGCUGCUUCUUCUUCAGCCUCUGCAUCUUUGACAACAACUCAAUCACAAUCACAAUCAGAGUCGGAACAAGACGACGUCAAUUCUCGCAUCGGCGCCAUUAAUUCUCUCCACAGAGCUAUUCUAUUCCCUCCUAAUUCUCUGCUUGUUCAUCACUCCGCUUCUUAUCUCUUUCAGGCCUUCUCCACUCUUCUCUCCGACAAAUCAAAUGUUGUGCGUCAAGCAGCAGCCACAGCAUAUGGUUCGUUGUGUGCUGUGUUAUGUUCAGUUCCUAUAACAUCAAAUGGAAGGCAGAAUCAUGCUCUACUUACCAACCUGGUUGAUAGAUUUAUUGGUUGGGCCUUGCCAUUGCUCAGAGUUGGAGAUGGGCCAUCAGAACUGGCACUUGAAAGUCUCCGCGAGUUUCUCAGUGUUGGGGAUAUUGGGGCCGUUGACAGAUAUGCACUUCCUGUCCUCAAAGCAUGUCAAGAACUUCUUGAGGAUGAGAGAACCUCCUUGACUUUACUGCACAGGCUUUUGGGUGUUUUGACUCUAAUAUCUUUGAAAUUCUUCAGAUGCUUCCAACCUCAUUUUGUUGAUAUUGUCGAUUUGCUUCUUGGAUGGGCAAUGGCACCUGAUCUUGCUGACACUGAUAGACGUAUUAUUAUGGACAGCUUCUUGCAAUUUCAGAAACACUGGGUGAACAAUCUACCCUUCUCACUGGGUCUACUUUCAAAGUUUUUGGGUGACAUGGAUGUUAUGCUUCAAGAUGCAAGUCCUGGAACUCCACAACAACGUCAGAGAUUGAUUGUAUUGUUGUCUUGUUUUUCUACAGUUUUGCAGUCAACAGCAUCCGGUCUGCUAGAAAUUAAUCUACUUGAACAGAUAUGGGAACCUCUUGGCAAAAUGCUUCCUCCUUUACUGGCAGGGCUAUCUAUGGUUGGAAAAAAAUUUGGGUGGUCGAAAUGGAUUGGGGAGUCAUGGAGGUGCCUGACACUAUUAGCAGAGAUUCUGGGUGAAAAGUUUUCAAGCUUCUAUUCUUCUGCAGUAGAAAUCUUGUUCCAAAGUUUGGAAAUGGAUAUUGCUAACCAGCGCUACGGGGUUGCAAAAAUAAAUUCAUUUCAAAUUCAUGGUGUUCUUAGAACUAACCUUCAAUUAUUGUCUCUUCAGAAGCAUGGUCUUCUCCCUUCAUCAGUACAUAAAAAUUUACAAUUUUAUGGACCAAUAUCUCAGUUGCGUUUGCAUCCAAAUCACUUGGUCACGGGAAGUUCUGCUGCUGCUUAUAUAUUUUUACUCCAACAUAGGAAUAACGAAGUUGUUGAACAAGCAGUGGAUUCCUUGAUCGAAGAGUUGGAACUCCUAAAGAGCAUGCUUUUGAAUACUUCAGCUAAUGCUGAGGAUCUUGAAAGUGCAGUGGCUUCUAAAUCCUAUUCAAGAUCUGAAUUGUUUUCUUUCCUCAAAUUUGACUUGAAAGUUCUAGUAAGCUGUGUGUCAUUGGGCGGGGAUAGCAACUUGAUUAGCCAACCAGAAAUUGUAAACUUCCAUAUCAGUAGGUCUGACAAAUUGAUACAGUUUAUUAUUAAGAAACUGAAUCCGUUUGAAUGUCCUAUUAAAGACUAUGUAGAGUUACAAGCUACUGUUGUCAACAUAUUAAGCCGGCUAACUGCUAUUGAUUUUUUAAACAAGUGUGCCACGAAAGGACACAAAGACUUUCCAGCUCCAGGUCUUGAGAUUGAUGAAGUUAUCCCGAUUAAUAAUUAUAGAGACGAACUCUUGAUGAUCAUUUUUGAUUAUAUAGAGAAGUACACUGUGACCAUUGUGAAUGCUCUCCAAAUAUCUUCUCCUUUGGCGGUUAAGUUAGAGGCGAUGCAAUGGAUCGAGAAAUUUUGUGAAAGCGUUAGUACUGAGUAUGAGAAGUCAAAAGGAACAAUUUAUCCUUGCCAAGCAUAUGAGUGUACUAAUGUUGUUAGCAAUUUAGUGAUGUCAUUGCUAGAUGCUGUAUUAGAUAAGGAACCAAAAGUGAGAACUCGUGUGUCAUUAGUCUUGGAGGUGCUUCUGCAAGCAAGGCUGAUCCCUAGCACACACUUCUACAUAAUUACCAAAGUUGUCCUUGAAAGACUGGGUGAUCCUGACAAAGACGUGAGCAAUGCGUUCAUGAGACUGCUUGCUGACAUCUUACCUAUGACAUUAUUUGCAUGUGGCAUGCGCGAUGAUGGAUUGGGCAGUGCAUGCACAUUUGGAACUCGUAAUUUACUCAAUAGGUCUAACUUGCACUGGAAACAAAUAUUUGCUCUCAAGCAACUUCCUCAGCAGCUUCACUCCCAGCAGCUUGUUUCUAUCCUGAGCUUCAUUUCACAAAGGUGGAAGGUGCCCCUAUCAUCUUGGAUCCAGCGACUUAUUUAUACAUGUCGGCACUCGAAAGAUUUAGGUUUAACACUACAAGAGGAAACAGGAAAUGAUAGUGUUACUAAUGCCUUGUGGUGGGACAAAGAAGAUGAAGAUAAUAUUCUUGAAAGAAUAUGUUCAGUUAAUAUUAUUGCAGGUGCAUGGUGGGCUGUACACGAGGCAGCUAGAUACUGUAUUACCACACGGCUGCGCACGAACCUUGGUGGACCCACCCAAACUUUUGCUGCUCUGGAACGCAUGCUACUGGACAUUGCAGUGGUGCUGCACCUUGACAGUGAGCCAACUGAUGGAAAUUUAAACCUUGUUGGUUCUUCAUAUGCACACCUGCUACCUCUGAGGUUAUUACUGGAAUUUGUUGAGGCUCUCAAGAAAAAUGUUUACAAUGCUUAUGACGGAUCAAUUGUUUUAAGAUGUGCUUCUCGUCAGAGUUCCUUGUUCUUUCGAGCAAACAAGAAAGUCUGCGAGGAGUGGUUUUCUCGUAUAUGUGAACCAAUGAUGAAUGCUGGACUGGCUUUGCAAUGUCAUGAUGCUACAGUUCAUUACUCAACUUUGCGUUUGCAGGAACUCAGCAAUCAAGUGGCCACAUCGUCGACGGAAAAGAACUUUCAUAAUAUGAAGGACAGGUUUUCUGGGGAUGUCUUAAGGGUUUUAAGGCACAUAGCACUGGCGCUGUGUAAAUUGCAUGAUCCAGAGGCUUUGACUGGUUUACAAAAGUGGGCCUGUAUGUCGUUCUUUCCCUUGUUUUCUGAGGAUAACCGGAUUCUUGUUGACCAUGGGGCUGGUGGACCUUUAUCGUGGAUUACGGGGCUCAUAUAUCAAGCCGAGGGCCAGUAUGAGAAGGCUGCGGCUCAUUUCACUCAUUUGCUUCAGAUGGAUGAUUCCCUAAUUACCAUGGGCUCUGAUGGUGUACAUUUUGCAAUUGCUCGUAUUAUCGACAGUUAUACUGCUGUUUCUGAUUGGAAAUCUCUGGAUUCCUGGCUUUCAGAGCUGCAUAAGCUUCGUGCUAAGCACGCUGGGAAAAGCUAUUGUGGUGCUCUAACUAUGGCUGGAAUUGAAAUGAAUGCUGUUCAUGCCCUGGCACACUUUGAUGAGGGUGACUAUCAGGCUGCAUGGGCAUAUCUUGAUCUGACUCCCAAAAGUAGCAGUGAACUUACACUUGAUCCAAAACUAGCCUUGCAAAGGAGUGAACAGAUGCUUUUGCAGGCUAUGCUUCUUCACAAUGAGGGAAAGGCGGACAAGGUGUCAACAGAAAUCCAGAAGGCUAAGUCCAUACUAAAGGAAACACUUUCCAUUUUACCACUUGAUGGUUUGUCAGAAGCAGCAGCCCAUCUGAGCCAUUUACAUUGCAUCUUUGCACUCGAAGAAAACUGCAAACUUGGUGGUGACCAAGAGAAGCAACUUCAGUCUCUAUUAGGUUCAUAUCUCGAAGUUACGCCAUCACCAAUUAAGCAAGUGCACCAAGAUUGUAAGUUAUGGAUAAAAAUCCUACGGGUUUAUAAAAGCAUCCUCCCGACUGCUCCCGUGACUCUAAAGCUCUGUAAGAAUUUAUUGAGUUUAGCUCGUAAGCAAAGCAACGUAAUGUUGGCAAAUCGUCUUAACACUUAUUUGAGACGCAAAGUUUUGAAUUGCUCCAAAGGAGUCUCCCUUGAUUUCAUGACUAAAAGUGUGGAAUACGAGGGAAUUUUACUGAUGCAUGCUGAGAAGAAGUUUGAAGAUGCACUCACAAAUCUUUGGACACUUGUGAAACCUUGCUUACUUUCGCCUGAAAACACUGUUACUGGUGGAGAUGAUAACUUUUUGUUGGCAGAUGCAUGCUUAAAACUUUCAGAUUGGGUGCAGCGGGAAUAUUCAGAUACUAGCAUGGAGAAUUUUGUUCUCCAAGUAUUUGCGGAGCUUAAUGUUAACCUGAGCUCUAAACUAAGGAUCAAUAUAGUCAUUGAGGAGCUUGUAGGUACAUUUACCAAGUUAUCAACAUGCCUUUGUCCCACUAUGAGUAGUUCAUGGAUUUCUUAUGCCUCUUGGUGUUUUCGUCAAGCUAAAGCGGAUCUCUUUGGUCCAAGCGAGACUGCUCUUGGGUCUUGUUCUUUUUCUCCCAAUCUCAUUUCAGAAAUUGUACCUGAUAGGUUCAAGUUAACUGAAGAAGAGCUUAUAAAAGUUAAAAAUAUUAUUUCCCAGUAUCUUUUCGAAAUUAAUAGUCCCAAAGAUUCUGAUCAAGCACAGGAAAUUUGCAACUUUGAUUCUGAAUCUUCUGAACAGGCGAGAGAUGUUUUAGUGCAGCAGGUCAUAAAUAUAAUUGAAGCUGCAGCUGGAGCACCUGGAGCAGAAAAUGUUUCUGGUGAAUGCCUUUCUGCUACUCUUGCUUCUCAACUGCAGAAAUGCUUGCAAUGUGAUAAUGUUUGGACAGAAAGCACUAGAUCUAAAUCCUUUGUCAGUGAUCUAGUUGAUAUUUGGUGGUCUUUGAGAAGUAGACGAGUUUCUCUCUUUGGGCAUGCAGCUCAAGCUUAUGUGAAUCACCUUAGGUAUUCAUGUCUUCGGGAUUCAGAUAGUCAGAAAUCUGCCAGUCACUCCUUGAGGGCUACACUUUAUGUCUUGCACAUACUUCUCAAUUUUGGGGUGGAGCUGAAGGAUACACUUGGACAUGCACUUUCAACAGUUCCGCUGUUGCCCUGGCAGGAAAUAACCCCCCAGCUAUUCGCUCGAUUAAGUUCUCACCCUGAACAUGUGGUUAGGAAACAACUAGAGGGUAUGCUGGUUAUGCUGGCUAAGCUAUCUCCUUGGUCAGUAGUUUACCCAUCUCUUGUUGAUGUGAAUUCUUAUGAAGAGGAACCAUCGGAAGAGCUUCGGCAUAUACUGGCAUGUUUGAGUAAGCUUUAUCCCAGAUUGAUCCAAGAUGUCCAACUUGUGAUAAAGGAGCUUGAAAAUGUGACAAUUCUUUGGGAGGAACUUUGGCUUAGUACACUCCAAGAUCUUCACACAGACGUAAUUAGAAGGAUAAAUUUGCUGAAAGAGGAGGCCGCCCGUAUUACCGAGAAUACCACCCUUAGUCAUGCUGAAAAGAACAAGAUAAAUGCAGCGAAAUACUCAGCUAUGAUGGCUCCUAUCUUUGUAGCCUUAGAGCGCCGCUUAGCUUCCACUUCUCGGAAACCUGAAACACCUCAUGAAAUGUGGUUCCAUCAGGAAUAUAAAGAACAAAUUAAAAUGGCCAUUUCAAAUUUCAAGACACCCCCUGCAACUGCUUCUGCACUAGGAGAUGUUUGGCGUCCAUUUGACAGCAUCGCUGCAUCAUUGGCAUCUUAUCAGAGGAAGUCAGUGGUAACGCUGGGAGAUGUGGCACCACAACUGGCACAAUUAUCAUCCUCUGAUGUUCCAAUGCCUGGUCUGGAGAAGCAAAUUACAUUAUCUGAUCCGGAAAGGGAACUCACAACUGCUAUCCAGGGAACAGUUACAAUAGCUUCUUUCUUAGAACAUAUAACUAUUUUACCAACCAAAACGAGACCUAAGAAGCUUGUCAUACUGGGAUCAGAUGGCCAGACAUAUCCCUAUUUGUUAAAAGGCCGAGAGGACCUUCGUCUUGAUGCUAGAAUUAUGCAGCUACUGCAAGCUAUAAAUGGUUUUCUGCACUCUUCUUCUGCAACUUGUGAUAGGUUCUUUCAAAUUCGCUAUUAUUCCGUGACACCAAUAAGUGGCCGAGCUGGUCUCAUUCAGUGGGUGGACAAUGUCACAAGCAUCUAUAGCGUCUUUAAAUCAUGGCAGAACCGUGUCCAGUUGGCACAAUUGUCCAGUUUGGCGGGCACUACGAAGAACUCUGUCCCUCCACCUGUUCCUAGGCCAAGUGAUAUGUUCUAUGGCAAAAUUAUACCUGCACUGAAAGAAAAAGGUAUCAGAAGAGUGAUAUCUCGAAGGGACUGGCCGCAUGAAGUCAAGCGUAAAGUUUUUCUGGAUCUCAUGAAGGAGACUCCUAAACAGCUUCUUCAUCAAGAACUCUGGUGUGCUAGUGAAGGGUUUAAAGCCUUCAGCUCAAAGUUGAAGAGGUAUGCACUUAGUUUAUCUGCAAUGAGCAUGAUUGGCCACAUUCUGGGCCUUGGGGAUAGACAUCUGGAUAAUAUUCUAAUGGACUUUAGUAGUGGGGAUGUUGUACACAUUGAUUAUAAUGUGUGUUUUGAUAAAGGUCACAGACUAAAAAUUGCUGAAAUUGUGCCAUUUCGCCUUACUCAAACACUUGAAGCAGCUUUGGGUUUGACUGGGGUUGAAGGUACCUUCAGAGCAAACUGUGAAGCAGUCCUUGGUGUCUUAAAGAAUAAUAAGGACAUACUUUUAAUGUUGUUGGAGGUUUUUGUCUGGGAUCCUCUUGUGGAGUGGACACGUGGAGAUUUUCAUGAUGAUGCAGCAAUUGUGGGUGAAGAAAGGAAGGGCAUGGAGCUGGCAGUGAGCUUGAGCCUCUUUGCAUCUCGCGUGCAGGAAAUUCGAGUUCCAUUGCAGGAACAUCAUGAUCUUUUAGUGGCUUCCUUCCCAGCUAUUGAAUCUGCUCUUAUGCGUUUCACAAAUAUCCUCAAUGAAUAUGAGAUUAUAUCUACUCUUUUCACUCGUGCUGACAAAGAGAAAUCUAACCUUGUUCACGACGAGACCUCUGCGAAGUCAGUUGUAGCUGAAGCGACCUCUAAUUUGGAGAGGAGUCGUGCAACGUAUGAAAUGCAGACUCGGGAAUUUGCUCAAGCAAAGGCUUUGGUAGCUGAGAAAGCUCAAGAGGCAACGUCGUGGAUUGAGCAACAUGGAAAGGUUAUUGAUGCUAUAAGGAGUAGCUCAAUCCCAGAAAUCAAAGCCAGCAUAAAUCUGGCUGGCAAGGAAGAAUCUUUGUCCCUUACAUCUGCAGUCCUUGUGGCUGGGGUUCCCUUGACUAUCGUUCCUGAACCAACACAAGUUCAGUGCCAUGAAAUUGAUAGAGAAGUCUCUCAGCUUAUGUCUGAGUUAGAUCGUGGACUUUCCUCUGCAGUGAAUGGUAUUCAAACAUACUCUUUAGCUUUGCAACGCCUCCUGCCUCUAAAUUACCUUUCAACUAGUCAAGUGCAUAAGUGGGCCCACGUUUUGCAUGUCCUGGUGAACAACACUAUUUCUUCUGAUAUACUGUCCCUUUCCCGUAGACAAGCAGCUGAACUUAAUGCAAAGGUACGUGCAGAGGGAUUCGAUUCUGUUGAGAGUAGUUAUGAUGAUCUCUGCCAGAAAGUAGAGAAAUAUGGAGAGGGUAUCCAAAAGCUGGAAGACGAGCGCUUAGGACUGGUAAAUUCUAUUGGUUCAGAGACUGAAUCAAAGGCCAAGGAUCGCCUUUUAUCAACUUUUAUCAGCUACAUGCAAUCAGCUGAUGUCGAAAAUGAAGAUCCACCGCCUUCUACGAGUUUUGGGUUGUCAAAGCAUGAAAAGACACUUGAAUCCAGAUUAGAAGGGAAGAUUGAAGAGAAAGAGAAGAUUAUUACUGUUCUAAAUAUUGCAGUUAGUUCUCUAUAUAAUGAUGUUAAACAUAGAGUGGUUGACAUUUUGAAGCAUAAUGCUGAUGGAAGUCAAACUGAUACUGUAAAUAUAUUCUCCAAGUAUGAAGAGCAAGUAGAGAAGUGUGUUCUGCUCGCAGGGUUUGUUGAUGAACUUCAUCAAUACAUCAUUAAAAGCAAUCUGCCUAUUCUUAAUGCGAAUCUGGAUGGUUCGAACUAUUCUUUUCAUAGGAACUGGGCUUCCUUAUUCAGUGCCAGCUUGAUUUCCUGCAAGGGCUUGGUUGAAAAAAUGCUUGAUAUGGUUCCCGAUGCCAUAAGGGCUGUUAUCUCUUAUAGUUCGGAGGUCAUGGAUUCAUUUGGAUCUCUUUCACAAAUUAGGGGGUCAAUUGAUACCGCACUGGAGGAUCUUAUACAAGUUGAAAUAGAGAGAGCAUCUUUAGUCGAACUGGUGCAGAACUACUUUCUAAAGGUUGGCCUCAUCACUGAGAAACAGUUGGCUCUCGAAGAGGCUUCCCUCAAAGGCCGCGACCAUUUGUCUUGGGAAGAGGCUGAGGAACUUGCUUCUCAGGAAGAAGCUUGUAGAUCUCAGUUGGAAAAACUCCACCACUCCUGGAACCAGAAAGAUAUGCGAAAUGCUUCCUUGUUAAAAAGGGAAGCUAGUAUCAAAAGUGCCUUGUUUUCUGCAGAACACCAUUUUCAAUCUUUGUUUAGCAGUGAACAGGAUAGAGAACCUCAGAUCUCAAAAGUCAAGACACUUCUUUUAGCUCUAGUCCAACCCUUCUUUGACUUGGAAUCAGUUGAUAAAGCAUUGUCUUCCUUUGCUGGACCUGUUUCUUCUCAGCCAAGUGAUAUGUCUGGCCUUGAAAAUGUAGCUAAUUCUGGAUGCCCAAUGUCUGAAUGUAUAUGGAAGUUUUCUGGCAUACUCAGUAACCACUCCUUUUUUAUAUGGAAAGUGACUGUGAUUGAUUGUUUUCUUAAUUCCUGCAUACAUGAUGCAGCUUCAUCAGCGGAUUACAAUUUAGGAUUUGACCAACUUGUCAAUAUUGUCCAAAAAAAACUUGAAAGCCAACUUCAAGGGCAUCUUAAUCAGUACUUGAGACAACGAGUUUCCCCUGUUCUCUUAACUAGGCUAGACACUGAAAGUGAACUUCUAAAGCAAAUAGCAGUGUCAGCAAAAGAUAUUACAUUUGAUGACUUGAAGAAAGAGUUUGGGGCUGUAAAGAAAGUAAAGCUUAUGCUUGAAGAGUACUGUAAUGCACAUGAAACUGUCAGGGCCGCGAGGUCAGCAGCUUCCAUUAUGAAUAAGCAAGUGAAUGAAUUGAGGGAGUCUCUUCUUAAAACUACUUUUGAUAUUGUUCAGAUGGAAUGGAUUUAUGAUGUAACCUUUAACCCAUUGUGCAAUUACAGGCUCAUAUCCCACAAAUUUCUUGCAAGUGAGGAUAACUUACUUCCAGUUAUUUUAAACCUUAGCAGACCCAAGUUGUUGGAAAAUAUACAGUCAUCUGUAGCAAAAUUAGUAAGGUCCCUUGAGGGUCUGCAAGCUUGUGAAAAAAAUUCUUCUACAGCUGAAAGGCAGCUUGAGAGAGCCAUGGGGUGGGCAUGUGGUGGUUCAAAUUCCAGUUCAGCUGGAAAUUCCUCAGUUAGAAAUCCAGGAAUUCCUCCUGAAUUUCAUGAUCAUCUUAUAAGACGAGGGCAAUUGUUGCUGGCAGCUCAAGAAAAGGGCUCUGAGAUGAUCAAAGUAUGCAUGUCCGUUUUAGAGUUUGAAGCAUCAAGAGAUGGCAUUUUCCAAAGUUCAGGAGAGCCGUAUACCUUCCAAAGUGGUGCUGAUGCCAGAAUCUGGCAGCAAAUUUACUUAUACGCAUUAACAAAAUUGGAUGUGACUUAUCACUCACUUAUGUGUGCUGAACAAGAAUUGCAGCUUGCACAGAGCAACAUGGAAACUGCUUCCAGUAAUUUGUCUUCUGCAAGUAAUGAAUUAUCUAUCAUUUCUGCCAAAGCGAAGUUGGCAGCAGAUGAUUUGCAGAUCACUCUUGUUGCAAUGAAGGAUUGUGCCUACGAAGCUAGUUUGGUGCUAUCUGCUUUUGCACGUGUAACCCGUGGCCAUGUUGCUUUGACUUCUGAGAGUGGCUCUAUGCUUGAAGAGGUCCUGGCAAUAACCGAAGGCCUACACGAUGUUUAUAGCUUAGGGAAAGAGGCAGCUUCAUUACAUGUUUCUCUGAUGGAAGAUCUUACUAAGGCAAAUGCCCUCUUGCUUCCACUUGAAUCUGUGUUGUCAAAGGAUGUUACUGCUAUGACUGAUGCUAUGGCAAGAGAAAGAGAGACUAAAAAGGAGAUAUCUCCUAUUCAUGGACAAGCUAUAUACCAGUCUUACUAUUCAAGAAUUAAGGAAGCGUGUCAAGCCUAUAAACCUUUGGUUCCAUCUCUCACGUCCUCUGUGAAGGGACUGCAUUCUAUGUUGACUAGGUUGGCGAGGGCUGCUAGUCUACAUGCAGGGAAUCUUCAUAAAGCUUUGGAAGGAUUAGGAGAAAGCCAGGAGAUAAGGUCUCAAGAUGUGAAUUUUUCAAGGCCAGACGUGGAAGAAAGUGAUCCAGAUUUUGGCAACAAAGAUGUCAAUAUUGUCUCCAAACCUGAUAGAGAGUAUGAUGAGGAUAUAGUAGAUAUAACAGGGUUGUCCGUGCAAGAGAAAGGAUGGAUGUCUCCUCCUGAAAGCAUCUAUAGUAGCAGCUUAGAAUUAGAUGAAUUGUCAGCCGAAGCUGAUGAAAAGAAUGUUGGUGACUUAGAUUUGACGGAACGGCUUUCAAAUGGGCAUGACAUCAGGGAGACCAAUAAUGUUAUGAGCUCUUUUUCGUUAACUGAAUACAGUAGUGGAGAAACAAUAAAGUCAGAGUCUCUUGUUAAGAGCAUUGGUAAAGAUGUAUUGGACCCACAGCAGUUGGAAACUCUGGUGUCACCUUCACAUUUUAUGGGUUCAGAAGUAGAGGUGAAGGUUGUAGAAAGACCUCUAUCGGAUCAGGAUAAAGUUGAAGGGGAUAUUAAUCAGGCUCCGCUUCCUAAUAUGGAUGUCACUAGAAUCACAAGGGGUAAAAAUGCUUAUGCAAUGUCAGUUUUAAGACGAGUAGAGAUGAAGCUAGAUGGUCAAGAUAUUGCUAAUAACAGAGAAAUUAGUAUUGCAGAUCAGGUAGACCAUCUAAUUAAGCAAGCCACUAGCGUGGAUAAUCUUUGCAAUAUGUAUGAAGGUUGGACUCCAUGGAUAUGAUAAUCUGAAGCUGUCAUAUGAAGUAGAAGUGUUUGAUGGCAGAUUCUAGGUCUUCCCAUGUGUCUCCAAGUAAAAAUCAUGUUUUCUGGUGAACUUCUCAUCAGUGUUGGAUGGAAGCAGCUACUCCUAGGUUGUAGCAAGCAUUAGUUGGAACUUAAUGCUUGUUCCUUAUUCUUCAUAGUGAAGGACCUGCGAUAAGAACAUGCAGAUGAAAGCUAUGAACUUUCCUAGAACAUGGGAGCAUCACCGAAUCAUCUGUGUUCUGACCUUUUGAAUCAUGGAUCAGUUAGCCUCUGGCAAAAAGUGAAUUUCCAGUCAGACACUACAAAUAAUGUCUGGAACGAGUAACGACAUGUGCUGUGUGAUUGCAAGAAAUUCAGAACUCUUAUAAAUUGCUUGAAGCUGAUUGGUCAACACCUACUUUAAGGGGCUGCUCUUCCAUUUCUGGUGAAAGCUGUCUGCACAAUGUCUCUGAUAUGCUCUACUAAUAUGCUUCUGUUAUGCGAGGAGAUCCUUUUGACAACAGCUACGAGCUAAUGGAGCUAAAAGCCACAAGACAUGCUCCCUUGCAUGACCAUUGGAAGCGCUUAAGCUGAUUGCUGUCGACGACAAGAGGAUAAUGCUCUGCUUGUGCCCGAGGAAAUCCCCUCUUAAUACAAUUGCUCUCAUCCUCGUGGACACAAGCUUAUCUUCACAAAGCUUUAUGUUUCCUGAUGCUACACUACACCAAAAGCAUCCUUUUGUUAGCAUGUUAUGAAUAAGUUUUGCAGAUUGUUCUACUUGCAACUAUUAUAUUUAAUCAUGGAAGAUUACUUUAUGCGUC